AUGGCAUCAGUGGGCACCCACUGCCGCCGCCUCUGCCGGGACCUCGGGUUCCUGCCCAGCCUGCCGCCCGCUCUGCUGCGCCUGACCAUUGCGACCUCCAGCUCGGGAAGGAAACCCAGUCUUCACAGAUCCCAAGAGGACUUCGGAGCCUCCGACUCUUCCUCACCUGCCUGGUCCCACCGCGUUGGCCCAGGAUCCCCAGGUCAGGCACCCCUGCUUCUAUACCUGCAACAGCGCCUGCCCCCAGUGGGGCCAGCCGCCUUCACUUUCGUGAUCAAUGUUGUGACCCCCGCCCCGGGGCAUGGAGGAAAGGAUGAAGUUAAUGAAGAAGUGGAACCAGUAAAUAUGGAGGUCAUGGGCCAUCCAGAAAUUUAUCCUUUAGUAUUAACUACUAAGACCCAGGAAAUAUUUAACUGCCGAGUAGAUGAAGAUGUUACAGAUGACCAACCUUACAAGCUUAUCAAAAAAGAAGAUAUCUUUGAGGACUUUAAGAACAGAGGUGCGAUAUCUGAUUUCCACCCAGUCAAAAAAGUUAUCCAGGAAUAUCCUGGAGAUGAGAUUCUGCUUGUGUAUGACAAAGACUUCAAAUACGGACUGAAUUUUUAUGUUAUUGGAACCGAAGAGGGCAAGGAAAACUAUUUAAAUCCUCCAGAAGUACUGGAAGAUCAGGAAGAAUAUAAAGAAUAUUCUUCUGAAGAGGUGUAUAUUUACAAAGCACCUGUCUCUAAACCCUGGAUUUCUCUGGGCAGUGAAAAAGAAAUUGAGGAAGAAUCAGUUAACGAAGCGACAAAGCAGACUACGUAUAUGAUUUCUCGAAAACGAAGGAAAUUUGGCGCACCGAUUAAGUUCAGCGACCACAAUGCUUCCAGUAUAAAAGAUGCCUACAUUGAAUGCACGGCCUACCCGGAUAAAAAUUUUACUCUUCAACAAGUUGAAAAAGAUGUCGGCAUGCAAGUAAUCCCCCAAAUCAAGGACAGGGGUACUCAGACAAGAUGGACAUAUCCCAAAAAUGCUACGACGCAGUAUUAUCCAAGGGAAUUCUCAGAAGAGGAAAAAGAGGCAGUUGGACAAUCAAAGCCCUUCGCUGACUUUUUUGACAAUGUGUCUGUAGGUGUGGAAAUAGCCCUGCAGCAAAAUGAAAUCAUGAACACAUUUAUCGACGACUGGAAAUGCCUGGCGGAAGAAGAAGGUACCUUUGUAGACAAGACCGAUACCCAGCUGAAAGAGUACCAGUCCUUUACCGACCUCCAUAGCCCAAUGGAGAAGAUGAUCACCUGCGUAGCAUGGCACCCGACCAUCUAUGGGCUGAUCGCCGUGUCAGUGGCCGUGCGACUCUCCUUCGAAGACAGAGUCCUGAAUUCUGGUAAAUUAUUGCUGCAGCCCUCGUUGAUUCUUCUCUGGAGUUUCUCUGAUCCUAUACAUCCUCAGUUAAUGCUGGAGGGCCCAGAUGACAUCUUCUGUUUCCAGUUCUGUCCGAGUGACCCUAACAUCAUCGCUGGAGGAUGCAUAAAUGGACAGAUCGUCAUGUGGGAUAUCACCGCCCACGCCGACCGCAUAGAGAACAUUAAGUCGGGAGGCGGGAGAAGUAAAAAGCCCAUCCUCAAGCCUAUGUUUCUCCUUGAACCAGACAGUAACAAAGAAGCAACGUAUAUCAGACACUGCGCUGUCUCUUCCAUCGAAAACGGGCACAGGAAGGUAAUCACAGACAUCCACUGGCUGGCGGACACAUUUGAGAUUAACAGAAUGGGCGCCGUCUUUGAAAAUCGAAAUGGAAUUUGCUGCCAACUUGUCACGUGUUCAGCAGAUUGCACAGUAUGUUUUUGGGAUAUUAGACCACAGAAAGCUUUACUCCCCCAAACAGCAGAGAAAAAGAAAGAGGAAGUUAUUGAAAUUCCUUUCGAUGUGCCAUCUACGUUUUUGCAUCUAGAUCUCUCCUGGAAACCUCUCGCCAAGGUAAGGCUGUCUAAAGGUGAAACAAGUGUAGAUCACUGCCCAACCAAGAUAAGCCUGAACGAAAGCCAUAUUUCUCAAACACCAGAUCAUAUGGUUGCCCAGGACAGAGCAGGAAAGAUGGAAGAAAUAAACCCAUACCAGAAUCUGGAAGGCGGGAUGGCUGGUCAUCUCAAGCCGAUAGAUGAAUUCUGCACAAAGUUCUUUGUGGGAACAGAGGAAGGCGAAGUGAUAUACACAGACUGGAAACUGGAAAGAGACCCUGAAACUGGCCGACUCAUGUCAAAGAAGCCAGUGAGCAUGCACACUGUCCACGAUGGCGCUGUCCACACUAUUCAGAGAUCACCUUUUUACAACGACAUCAUUCUCACCAUUGGGGGCUGGAACGUGGCCAUCUGGAAAGAAAAUGUUAUGACUGGACCCCUCCUUCAGUCCUGCUGUGCCCCCAAACGGUACACCUCAGGGCACUGGUCCCUGACGAGGCCCGCGGUUUUCUAUGUGGGCCGAGAAGAUGGCUACAUCGACAUCUGGGACCUUCUGGAGAAAACCCACGAACCCUCGCUGUCACAGAACAUUUGCAUCACUAUGAUCACAGGCAUCAAACCCUGGCCCUCUUCUUCUAAGCAGCAGCUCUUAGCUAUAGCUGACCAUUUUGGAACACUGCAUAUAUUGGAAAUUCCUUGGACGUUAAGUCACCCUUCCAGCAACGAGGUAUCAAGUGUACAAUAUUACUUCCAAAGAGAGGUGAAGCAUCUGGAAUACGUCGCCCAGCGCAAAGUUAUUCGUGACAAAGAAAUCAAACAAAUCAAUAUGGAAAAGGAGAGGAAAAGAAGUAAAACAUAUCAGAAGUCAAAAGAACAAAUUGAGGCUGGGUUGAAACUGGACUAUGAACAGUAUCUGGACCUGGAAAAGACCACCCUCAUCAGUCUCGGCCUACUCAAAAUAUCAGAGAGAAGGUCAUUCAUCGACAUGUUGUAGAAGAGCCUUCCGAGGGGGUGUUUGGGGAACUUUGUGGGACCUAUCCUCCUUCUGUUCAUUACUUUUUAUAUAGAAUGAUCUA